UAUAAAAGGGAAGAAAAGAAUGAGAUGCGUUUAGGUGUUUGUUCUAGAAGCAAUGAUGUGAUUGAACCUAUGAUUAAGCCUCAGUGGUAUGUCAACUGCAAUGGUAUUGCUAAAGAAGCUCUUGAUGCUGUAAUGGAUGAAAAUAACAAGAAAAUUGAUAUACUUCCAAAACAGUAUGCUGCUGAAUGGAAAAGAUGGCUUGAGAACAUUCAUGAUUGGUGUGUAUCAAGGCAGCUUUGGUGGGGCCACCGAGUUCCUGCAUGGUAUGUGACAUUGGAGGAUGAUAAAAUGAAAGAGCUUGGAGCAUACAUGGAUCAUUGGGUGGUUGCUAGGGAUGAGAAAGAGGCUGAAGCUGAGGCUAAAAAGUUCUUUUCAGGGAAAAAGUUUGAAUUGGCUCAAGAUCCUGAUGUUUUAGACACAUGGUUUUCUUCAGGACUCUUUAUAUGUAUUAGGGUGGCCUGA